GCCCUGGGGGGCAGCCACCCUAAAACCGCGUCCCCGCCGCUGUCCCCUCCGUGUCACCGCCAGCAUGUGUCCCCAGGUGUCCCCGAGGGCCACCCGCCGCCUCCUCCUCGUGGCCGCGCUGGCGGCGGCGCUGGGAGUGUCGCCGGUGUCCCCAAUCCACGUGUACACGCCGCGCGAGCUCUAUGGCACCGUGGGCUCGCGUGUCACCCUGUCCUGCAGCUUCUGGUCCAGCGAGUGGAUCUCGGAGGACAUUUCCAUCACCUGGCACUUCCAGGCCGACGGCUCCCGCGACAGCAUCUCCGUCAGUGUCCCCAUUGUCCCCGCCGUGUCCCCAAGCCGUCCCCAGUGUCCCCGUCCUGUCCCCGCCGCGCCCUCAGCGCCGGUGUCGCCUCGUCCCAGCGGCAUGCCACCCCGCUACGGUGUCGUGCUGGGCUCUGUCAUCGGCGGGGCGCUGCUCCUGGUGGCCGUGCUGGUGGCCCUGGCCUACGGCACGCGCUACUGCUGGCGGCGGCGCCAGGCGGCUCUGCAGCGGCGGCUGAGCGCCAUGGAGAAGGGGAAGCUGCAGCGCUCGGGCAAGGACGGCUCCAAGCGCAGCCGGCAGGCCCCCGUGCUCUACGCCAUGCUGGACCACGGCCGCAGCGCCAAGAAAGCCAAGGGCGACUCGCGCAAGGAUAGGAAAUAGCGGUUAGCGGGCAGGGAGGGACCCCCGGGGGCGGCCGGGGCCGAGGGGGACCCCCGGCCCCCCAAAGUCAUCAUGACCAUCGAGAUGGAGCUGCGGGGGGAGCCCCAGGCCGCGCCCCCGCCCGCCGCCCGCUCCCCGAGCCGGGGCAGCCUCAAGAGCGCCCUGCUGAGCAUCAUCAAACCCAACUCGGGGGGCUCCUGACUGCCCCCCCGGCCCCGGCCGCGGCCCCUCCGGGCUCGGGACCCGGCGAGGAGCGGGGUGUGGUCCUCGCCUCGGGUCCCCCGGCCUUGAGGACAGCGCUGGGGACAACCGCGGGUCCCCCCCGGCCCCCCCACGGUCGCUCCCUGCCCAGCCCCGGGCGGAAUUUCUCCUUCGGAACACAAAAUGCCGGCGGAUUUGGGGUCGGUCCCCCCUCCCCGGGGACCUGCGGGGUCCCCGCGGGGCCGUGUCCCCGCCGCGUGUCCCCUCCCCGAACUCGGUGGGGUGGGGGUUUCUGUGCCCCCAAUUUCGCUCCUUUUCUGGCCGUUUUCUCGUCUCUCCCCGCGACCGACCCCAAAUGACGUCGCAGGGUGGCCCCCGCCCCUUUGUCCCCUUUGUUUGUCCCCCCAUUAACCCCCG